GGAGGAGAGUGCAUACACACGUGCCCCGCUCUCUCUCUCCUCUCCUCCUCUCUCCUCUCGCUCGCUGCGCUCUCCCAAUAUUCUCUCACUCUCUCUCUCUCUUGUGUCUAGUCGUCUCAAGGCUUUGGAGAAAUACCACAGUGCAUUGGAAAAAUAUAUAUAUAUAUAUACUUGUUCUCCCGACUGGUGCUUCGCUUUUGUGGAGUUCAUAUAUAUUUGAAAUUUUAGUGGGAAAAGUGACUUGUGUGAAUUUUUUGACUUGGAAAAAUCUUGUGUCGCCUGGAUAAAUCUCCCAUGAUAAUAUUUUCAUAUAUCAUCUAAUAGUAUAUGAGUGGCAAGAGGAGUCGGUCGUUCAAAUGUGCUGUUCACCAGAAGGAUCGCCAGGUCACCUCUGAGACCGACUUCCAUCUCCUCCUUCACGAACCUCCUAUCUUUAACAAAAUGGUUCGCCUCAUAGCGGACGAGUUCUUGACGGAGGAGCGGGACCGUAAAUACUAUGCCGACCACUAUAGGUGCUGGCCGCCGCCUCUCUUCGUUAUCGCUGUCACCCUUGUACAGUUGGGGGUGUUCGGGUACUAUACGGUGACGACGGGAGAGAUGAAUGUGGCGGGACCCGUGGCUGUGGACUCUAUCUUCAUCUACAGACCGGACAAGCGCCAACACGUCUGGAGAUUCAUCUUCUACGCCUUCCUUCACGCUGGAUGGGUACACUUAGCGUUCAACCUGUUGGUGCAGCUGCUGGUGGGCCUGCCACUGGAGAUGGUACACGGGUCGGCUCGUAUAGGCACCGUGUACCUUGCUGGGGUGCUGGCCGGGUCCCUGGGCACCUCGGUCUUCGACGCCGACGUGUACCUGGUGGGCGCGUCCGGGGGCGUGUACGCCCUCCUCGCCGCGCACCUGGCCAAUGUGUUAAUAAACUAUAAUAAUAUGCAGUUUGGCAUCCUACGACUCGUCGGCGUUUUCUUUGUCGCGAGCGCUGAUGUGGGGUUCGCUAUCUACGACCGGUACGCCCACGAGACGGUGGGGCUACCUGUAUCCUACGUGGCUCACCUUACUGGAGCGUUAGCGGGGCUUACACUAGGCUUAGUAGUACUUAAGAACUUCGAGCAGCGCCUCCACGAGCAGCUCCUGUGGUGGGUGGCCCUUGGGGUCUACGCGGCGUGUACGCUCUUCGCCAUGCUGUUUAACUUGUUCCACCCUUACCCGUACGAAGGCGUCGCCCAGGGCCUGCUCCUGUAGGCGGAGCCCAGGACUUGCUCCUGUAUGAUGUUCCUCAGGGCCUCCUGCUCCUGUAAGCGUCCCACAGCGCCUGCGCCUGUAGGCGUCGCCUAAGGAUAGAUUCUCUAGGCGAUCGUCGAGGGGUGAGGUGGUGGUCCUAGGAUGAAGCUGUUCCGAGGGUGCUGGGUUGGACGCCGUUCUUCAGAACCCGCUGUGCUAUUACGACAUCUCCGCCGAUAAGGAGAUAUUGAAGUAUUAUAGGUCUCGAAGGUUCGUAAACGUGAAGUUGGGCUCCAACCCCCGCUAACCCCCAUUUAUGGUGCUGUGCCUCAAGCCAAAGUUAGUCCGCUCAUACUGGUGAAACUGACUUAGUGUAAGGACUCUUUAAAUCAAAGGUACUGAGCCUACCUUUUUAACUCAGAGAGAAAAAAAACAAAACAAGAGAGAUUGUUAUUUAUUAGUGUCAUAGAUCUGCUUGUACAGUUUUACAUUAAUUAUAUUCCAAGCUUGUUUAUAUAUAUAUUAUACCUAGUCAAACGAACAUUUCCAAAGGAUUUUUUCUUCUCUACCUCUAAUCUUAUUACGGCCGGCUGAUGUUAGAGUCCGGCCACUGCUCUAGUCUCGGAAUUCCCGGGGGAGGUGAAAGCAUAUAUUGAAGAGGAAGUUACCGCUUCCUUCCAAGGUUAUAAUAGUCUCGAGUCAUUCUUAAAAAACAUCGCUGGCUAGCCGAGCGGGGAAAGGGAUCGAAUCCCCUGGCGUCUCGUUUUCCCUUGCCUAUUCCACUGACCUGAACACAGGCUGUCACCGCCUCUUGGGGGGCAACGAGCCCCUGAUCGUGCUAGUCAGGUUGGCUUUUUUUGCAUUCAUAGUCCAUUCCUUAUAUUGUUUGAAACUUUGACUAUUUCUAGGCUUUGUGGAGGAUUUUUUUUUCUCGCUAUGUUCAUUUUGUUUCUAGUCUAUUUUUCAUAAAGUCUUGCAAAUGUUAAAGUUUUCAUAUUGUUUCCUAUUUCAGUCAAUUUCCUUCAAUUUACUGUCCUAAAUGUAUAGAUGACAUAGAUGUAUGAUGUAUAUUUUUACGUUUUGUAUGUUUCUACAUGUCCAAAUAUUGUGUAAGAAGAAUGUUAUUUAUAUCAGUAAAUUCUUUCUAUAAAAUUUA